GCGCAACAGGUUCAAGGCGAGAUUGAACAGCGAGAAAGGAGUGACAUGAACUUUUGAAAUUUCCCUCCAUGUCCCAGAAUACAGUGCAAAAUACAUCCCAGUUACAUCAUGAAUACAUUAAGAAGAGGUUGGGUUACACAGAUUACAUCAUGAAUAUAUUAAGAAGAGGUUGGGUUACACAAGAUUAACAUAUGGAGGAGGGAGGGGGGAAUAUGCAGAGCUGGAGAUAUGCCCAGAUAAGCACAUCCUGAGUACCUGAUGAGAAGACAAUGGUCCAUGUAUGCAUGGUCUGCCACCUGGCCUUGCCCGGAGGAGGAAAGGCUUGGCAGAGUGAUUUGACAGGAUUAGGGUCUUGACACCUUGCUUGAGGGAUUAUGGAGGACAGGGGAGGUGUCAUGGAGUCCUAGAGAAAUUGAGCAAAUUGGCACGUUGAUUUUCUAUGAAUUUUAUAGAUUUUAGUCCCUUUUGACAUUGACAAUUGGAAAUAAAUGGAUAUAUUGUAGCGAAGAAGGAGGUGAAGAAGACAUGCCCCCCCCCUUCCGUAUCACACGGGUUCCGUGUUCUAAAGUGCUGCGUCUGGUACGUUGUUGGUUGUUUCGCCCCAGCGCUUUCCCUGUGAAAACCUCUUUUUGUUCCACCUGGAUCUGUGCCUGGAAAGCAAAGUACAGGUAGGAGUGCGCUGAGAUGAGCCCAGGGAUGGAGCGCAGGGAUGGGAACGGCUGCCUCCGCGGUCGCCAUGGUUACACGGCCCUUAGCAACGCCUUCUUCUCCACUUCCUGUUCCGUCGCCCGGCAACCCUCUGUCGCCAUUUCCUGCGGGGCCUAGCAUAGGAGAGCUGUCGGUGAAGCCGAAGCAGUCGGGAAGAUGCUGUCCGUCCCGGGUACCGGCGGUGGCGGCCUGUCGCCUGGUUUCAGCGGAGGGGAAUCCGGGUCGGGAUCGGGCGGCGGAGGCGACUUCCUGACCCGCUACCGGCUCGUGUCGGCCAAGCUCCGCCGGCGCUUCCUGCGCAAGCCGAACGUGUCUGAGGCGGCCGAGCAGUUCGCGGCGCUGGCCAGGGAGCUGCGGGCCCAGGAGAGCCUCCCGUACGCGGCCUGGUGCCAGCUAGCGGUGGCGCGCUGCGCCCAGAGCCUCGGGCACGCGCCCGGAGAAGCGGCGGCGCUGGGCGAAGCGGCGCGCCUCUGGCUCAAGCACGAGCGGGAGCUCCGCCUGCGCCAAGGCCCCGGGCUGGGACUGUCUGAACACCUGCCGGCUGCUCAGAGCUGCGUGGCUUUCGGCUCCCGCCUGCGCCUCGACCUGGGCCAGCCCGCGCUGGCAGCCGGGCUUUGGCUCGAGCUGGGCAACGAGCUGCGCUCCGGCGGAGAGCCGGGCCAAGCCGUGCCGGCCCUUCUGCGCGCCGCAGACCUCCUGGCGGUCGCCCAGCUGCCCCUGGAGGCUCUGCGCUGCCUACGCGACGUGGCCUCCUGCCUGCUGCUUUGCCGCGACCACGAUGGUGCUUUGGCUGUGCUCACCCAGGCGCAGCUGAUGGCUCAGGCCGGCACAGGACCCUCUGCCGGUGGAUCGACAUCUUCGGCUGCCGCAGCCGCUUCUUCAUCCGUUCCGGUCAGCCCGCCGCCGGGAGCCUUCCUCGACGAGCUGCUGCACUGCGAGGUGGCCCGCGUCCUUCUCCUGCUGCUGCUCCAGCCGCCGCCUUCCAAGCUGAUGCCCGAGCACGCCAAGACCCUCGAGAAGUACUCCUGGGAGGCCCUGGAUGCCUCGCCGGGCUACGUGCCCUCAGAGCUCUUCCUGCUGCUGCAGUCCGCUGUCAUGGCUUGCCAAGAGAAAGACCUGGAGGCGCUCAAGGUGCUGCAGAAGGAACUCUGGCCGCUGCUCACUCCGGAGCAGAAUCACCUCCUCCAUUUGGUGGUACAGGAAAUGAUCAGUCCCUCAGGUCAGGGGAUAUGACCAAGGGUACUUUGGUAUAGCGUAUGGUUCUUAGACAACUCUUAUUUGUUUUUCACAGAAGUGUUGCAAAGAAGGUUUGCUUUGCUGAUGGAAGUGACACUUCAGUCUCUGUCCUCCUAGCUUCCAGCCUGCAUUUUCCAUUAAGUCUACUGCACCUUUUCUCUGCAUGAAGGAAACACGGUGGCAAAGCACUGCCUUUCAUUCUAUUGGGGCUUACUUUCUUCCUACCCACAUCUAUUCUUUCCUAACAUUACUUAGACUUCACUAAGGACUUGAGAGAAAAAACACGAGGUGUCCCACAUUUCCCCCCGCUGUUCGGCUGAUUUUAUCAUAUUGGACUUUAUAAAACACUUUCUUCAUCGUUCGUUCCAGAAAUUACACUUAAUUUAUAACACAUUGUAAACUUGAAAGUAAUGUUGCGGAAUUUUAAAUGUUGAUACUUAUUUAUAUUUUACAUUUUAAAGUGUAAGUACACACGUGAGAGGUAGCUGUGUUCUUUUGCACAGGGCUUUGUGUUGAACUGCUGGAUUCUUGCUUGAAAACUAUGCUGCCAGUUUUCUUCUUACGUUAUUGGAACCGUCCACAACCAAGUGUCCUCUAGGUUGCUUUGGACUCCAACUUGCCUCAGCCCCAGCCAGCAUGGCUUGAUGGAAACUGUAGUGUAGUCUAAAACAUCUGGAGAGUACCAAGUUGGGGAAGGCUUUUUUAGUGUUUGAAUACAAAAUUCAUUACAGUAAGCCCACAACAUAAUGCAGGAGUUACAUUCCGGGCUUCACACCUGGUUCAAUGGCAGAUGGGAUUGCCAGUGUCAUUUCCCCCAUAUAUACACAAAUUGCUGCGCACGUAAAGCUGAAUGCACGAAAGUUAAAUGCACUUAAGUUGCAGGCUUACUGUAAUCAUUAUUCAAGAAUCAAAAAAAUCCUGUCCGUUUAAAAUCAGAUUUAAGAGACUUUCAUGUAGGCCUAGACUGCAUAAAGCCAGCAAAUUGAAAACCAAGGCUGAUGCUUUAAUGUGUGCUUGUGCCCCAGGGAGAUCACUUUGGUGGUGAAAACUGAGCAAAAUAAAAAUGAUAUUGUGCAGUGUCACAAGUUGCUGAUUUGAAACUUAGCCUUAGUGCACCACACUUUUCCUUUGCCUUCCAGCCUUAAAUCCAGAGUAAAAAUGCCUGGGACUUGCAUAAAUGCCUCAUAUAGUCCUGGUCUUGUAUUGCCUUAUGAAGCUUUGUUAGAGAGCAAGCCUAUUUGUUACUUAUAUCAUUAAGUAAUGGGUAGGAGGGGGAGGUCUUCUCUGCUGCAGAGAAGGAUGAGGGUGGUACAGUGGUACCUUGCAAGACGAAUGCCUCGCAAGACAAAAAUCUUGCUAGACGAAAGGGUUUUUUGUUUUUUGAGCUGCUUCGCAAGACGAUUUUCCCUAUGGGCUUGCUUCGCAAGACGGACACGUCUUGCAAGUUUGUUUCCUUUUUCUUAACACCAUUAAUACAGUUGCGACUUGACUUCGAGGAGCAACUCAUAGAACGCGGUGUGGUAGCCUUUUUUGAGGUUUUUUAAGACUUUGGUGAUUUUUGAAGCUUUUCCAAAACUUUCCCGACACCGUGCUUCGCAAGACGAAAAAGAUCGCAAGACGACAGAACUCGCGGAACAAAUUAAUUUCGUCUUGCGAGGCACCACUGUACUGGUAAUGCUUGAGGUGUGCACAGUCUUAUUUCCUAGUACAGUCAUACCUUGAAUCCUGAACACCUUACAAGUCGAACGUUGUGGCUCCUGAAUGCCACAAACUUGGAAGUGAGUGUUCCGGUUUGCAAACGUUCUUUGGAACCCACCUUCCAAUUGGCUGCAGGAGCUUCCAGCAGCCAAUGAGAAGCCACACCUUGGUUUCCGAACGUUUUGGAAGUUGAACAGACUUCAGGAACAGAUUCCAUUCGACUUCCGAGGUAUGACUGUACUGUUGUAAUCGCUGAUGAUGCUAAUGAUAAUAUAUGUAGUAACUUUUGAAAAUAAUCCCUUUAUAUAUAUCAUAGACUUUAAAAGAGGCAACAGCAAAAGAUGCAUCUGGGAAGUGGUCAAAGUACAGAUUUUGAGCAGGAAUAGGUUGCUUAAUUAUUUAUGCAGGCAACCCCUUACUUACGCAUGUUCAAUAGGUGUGCAAUUGUACAUACAGUGGUACCUCUGGUUACGUACUUAAUUCGUUCCAGAGGUCCGUUCUUAACCUGAAACUGUUCUUAACCUGAAGCAGUACUUUAGCUAAUGGGGCCUCCCGCCACCACCACGCAAUUUCUGUUCUCAUCCUGAAGCAAGGUUCUUAACCCGAGGUACUAUUUCUGGGUUAGCGGAGUCUAACUGAAGUUUAUGUAACCUGAAGUGUAUGUAACCCAAGGUACCACUGUACGUGCAUCACAUCGAACCCAGAAGUGACCUUAAAACAUUCCAAAAAAGGGGUGGAAUGGAUGUGUGUGUGCACAGGCUUUUUCAAUGGUGUUUCAAAUAUAUGAUUUCACUAACAUGCACGGUGCCUCAGAACGUAACCACCACAUAAAUGGGGUGUGUGUGCCCUGUAUUUCAGUCCAUUUUUGAGGUCUGUUUGGGCCCUCUAAUAAAAUAUUUGAGGGGUCCACCCCCCACCCCACCCCCCACCCCGUUGAUGGGCUUUGCCAUUCAAAUGGUGUAUGUGUGCUGUGUCAUGUGUUUGGUUAUGCAUGGUGGGGCUUACCUGUCCCCACCCCAGUAUUUUAUUUAAGUUGGUACCCCUGUGGAAGAGGGUGCUUCUACUCACUUCUUUAUACCACCCAGACUGCUUUAUCACCACCAAACAACUCUAGUGCCAAAGCAAUCUCAGGUAUCUUGGCAGCAUAUAUGUGAUGGAAGUAAUAAAUAAAUGUUUCUUAUUCAUGUUGCGGUUCCAAUCCAGAAUGAAAAACUUUUUCAUUCUUAGUGUUGUGCUACACAAAAGAUCAGUUUGAAAUUUGGCAUAUUCAUAGUCCACAAUGGGUAGAUCACGUAGGACAGACAAUGUAGUGCUCCUCAGAUAUUCUAUAGAAUAUUGGGGCUUAUAAUAAUGGGACUUCCUUUGUCUUUUUUUCCUACCCUUCUUAACUAAAGGGAAUUCCUGUUCCUCUUUGAUUGUAAAAAUAACUUGCUUUGUUUGGAAUUUACAGAGAGUAAGGUAAACAUUUUGUGCCUUUACCACUCAAUCCUAAACCAGUUAACUCAAAUGUCAGCCUUGUUUUAUUAUUUGGACACAGCUUAAGUCAUAUGCAUACUAGAUGGUAGAGAUGUCAGGCGCCAAAAAAAACAAAACCCCAAAAAGACUUCAGGUGCCAUCCUGGCACCUAGGCAUCUUCACUUGGUUGCAAGUGGCUGAUAGCCAGAUGCAAAAUGAGAUGCAUUUAAGCAAAUCUGUUUAUUAUAUUACAGGUGCACUAGCAUCUACUUCUAUGUGUAAAUGCCUAGCUAUCACUAGAUUGUAGUGAGCAGUGUUAGAAACUCAGAUAUAUAAGCUAGGCACAAAAUGGCUCCUUAAGCCAAGGUUACAGUUGCCCAAAUGGAAUAUCUGGUUGCCAUUUUUGGGCAAGAUGGCUUUAAAAAGUCUUAUUUUUCAAAGGAUGGACAGAAUGAUUGAUUCUCAGUUAAACAUCUGGCUAGUUCAGAUGACAACCUUGAACUAGGUUAAGAACUUUGAGAACAUAAAAGGGGGAAAAAUCACUUUAUUCAUAGACAGUCCACAUUGGCCUAUUCCUACCUCUUUUUCUUAAUGGUGACACAGACAGUUCGUAGCGUAGGAAUAUUCUUCACAGUUGUGAGCAGGGUAGUGGGGUGGGGUAAAUGAAGACAAGUGACAACCAUUAACUAUAACGUCCACUGCUCCAGCUCAGGCUGCACAGAAAAAGCAUUUUGGUUUCUGAAAUCCAUUCUGAUUGUGCAGAUAAAAUAUAACUGAUGGAAUUAUACAGGAUGUGGUAUUAGUAUGUGAAAACAGUCAAGAUCCAGGCAUGCACCUCCAGAUAGUGGAGAUGUCAGGCACCAUCCUGGUGUCCAGGUAUCUUCAGUUGGUUGCAAGUGGUUGAUAGUCAGGUGCAAAAUGCACCUGGUGCCUGGCUAAUUUUGAACACUAGUGGUGAGAUGCAUUUAAGCAAAUUACUGUUUAUUAUAUUACUGUUGCACUAGCUUUGCUUGGCGGAAAGAUUGUCUUGAGUUUCAAGUUUUGAGGAAUUACAUUAUUCCCUGUUUACUUGGACUCAAAGUGAAUUCACCAAUUCAUUAAUAGCUUCACAGUUGUGGAAGCAUCCGCGUGGAGGGAGGGUAGCCUCCCUCGCCCACCUGCCAACGUCUCCCCCCCCCCCCGGCCCUCCGCUCCCUCACCCAGCCCCUCAGUUCCCAACUGGAUUGCGGAACGUCCAGCUUCUUGUUUCUGCGGGAGGAAGGCGGGAGGGCCCAGAAUUACAGUGAGUAACAGUCCCACUGAUCUCCCCUCCAGGCUCUGGCAUGAAAGCUCCCGCGGGAACCUCGCCAGAAUGCCAGGUGAGCGGCAGGUACAGGAGAAGGUGCUCCAGUGCGAAGCUAUCGUCGGUGCAGUUCUGCAGAGGGGUCUCCAGAGGGUUCUGGAGCAGCAAGAUCAGGUCUAUGAAAAUGUGGCUCAGUAACUUCAGCUCAAGAAUAUUAUUGAGUGAUUGCAGGAGAUAGGAAGCCAGGAGCUGACGACUGAAGUGGAUCUAGGCUACAAUUUCUAUGUCAAUGUAGAAGUGCCUGAUGUCUCCACCAUAUUGGUAGCACUGGGUUAUGGGUUAUUUGUGGAGUUGACUCUUCCUGGGGUGCUUGCCUUCAUUGAGAAGAACAAGAAGCUACUAACAGAGUUCAGUGAAGCCCUUACCAAAGACUCUGCCAAGAUCAAAGCCAAUAUUAAGAUGGUUUUAGAGGGCUUGCAUGAACUCUAAGGUCUCCAAGAUUUGUCUGAGGAGACCAGAAGGGACAUCUUCCUUUAGGCACCUGCCCUUCCUAAAGGGAGCGUUUUCAAUGUGAUAUGCUGGAAGAAGAGUUAGUCUCUUGGGCAUUUUGGUGGUGGCAGCAGGAACUGUGUUUGUAACUGAGGAAACCCUUAUGAGUUGGGUAGGGUGAAUGUGCUUACAGGGAUAGCAGAUCAGAGAGUUUGAGAGAGAAUAGUUUCUCUUGGGGUGGUUGAUUUCACUGCUUCAUAUAUUCAACCCUUCUCUGCCUCUGUUUCCCCAGGAACUGUGUCUUAGUUCUUAUUCUGUGUUCUUAGUUCUGUAUCUUAUAAGUUCAUAUCAGUUUGUGAAAGUAAUAAAUAAAGAUGAUUAUUUUAAAAAACAACAACCCAAAA